AGUAAACAAGAUCAGAAAAGGAAUUAAAAUAUACGAUUAAGGACUUGAAAGUGUAUAUUUUCAAAUGUCUUCGAAGUGCUCAAAGCUUGCGGAGUUUAUGUUUUGAAACAAAGAUGAAGGAGUACGGUGAAGUUAUAUUCGUGGAUCAGUUGAAACACCACCGUGUUGUGGCCAGUCAGAUAGACAAGACUCGUGCUGCUUGGCAGAGAAAUAGCUCCUGGUAUGCGGCAGCCCAAAGGGAGCAUUACUCCCAGUACGCGACUAUAUCUGCUGAGAGCAGAAAAAAGUACGGAGAUAAGAUUUAUGGAUACUACGCGAAAAGAAACCGUCUGCGCCCCGUGUUCAACCCCACAACCAGGUCUAAAAUAACUGAGGAAGACAGGCAUAUGCAUAUUUCGAUGGCACACCUUUUCGGAUACAAGUAUUCAAAAACCACCAAUGGCGAAUAUGGCAGUGUAGCGCCAUCGGCAUUAUUUUUCUGUUUCUAAAUUAGUUACGGGUUACGGUUUAGUUGUUCUAUUCCAAAAGAAAAUUUCUAAAAAUUACGACGAUCUUUAAAAAUAAA